CCCCGACUCUAAAACACAUGCGCUGAAGCACACAAAGUACGUGUUUCCUCGGUUCGGUGUGGCAUAAAAGAGGUUAGAUAGUAGUAAUUCGUCUCUGCUGAGAACCCGACAAGAAAAACAUCAGAAUGACGAAUUGUAAGACUGCUGUCAGUGUUCUACAAGAGUUAUGUGCCAAGAAAGCUGUCACACCAGUUUACGAAACAAUUGGACAAGAAGGUGCCUCACAUCAGCCGACAUUUACCAUUCGCUGCACUGUGGGAGAUGUGACUGGGACCGGAGAGGGCCACAGUAAGAAGUCUGCUAAGCAAGCGGCAGCGGAAGUAGUUCUCCGUCAGCUGGAGGUACCAAUCCCUGUGGUGGCAAAACAAGAAGGUUCACAAACAUCAGUGGAUGGUACUGGAACUCCAGAUGCCUCCAAUCCGGUGGGCGAACUCCAAGAAUUAGUGACGUAUCUGGGCUGGAGGAAGCCAGAAUACGAGGAAUGCGAAGAGAAGGGCCCACCUCACGCUAAAGAGUUUACCAUUAGCAUUCAGAUUGGUACAUUCAUUGAAAAAGGUAUUGCAAAGAGUAAACGACUGGCCAAAAGACUAGCAGCUGCUCAAAUGCUGACAACAAUCAAAUCCUUACCGCCAGACACUGAUCCUGGCCAGACUACCAAGGUCUCUCAAGAUAUCCGUACGUUAGUGGAGAUGAAGCAAAAAAAAGGAAAUGCAAAUAAUGCUGCAAUUCAAGCCCACAAAAACCAGUUGAACCUACUGCAGACUGCUUCAGGUGAAAAGAUUGAGAUGCUUAGAAGUCAAGAUGUAAUGUCCCACCAUGAUUCCAACUAUUGCUCGAUGCUUCAAGACCUUGCGGAGGAACAGAACUUUGAGAUACGCUACAUCCCGAUAGAAGAGACAAGUUUGACCGGUCGCAUGCAAUGUCUAGUACAACUGAACAUGGCACCGGGAAGUGGAACACCGUUUGCUGUCUGCCACGGCACUGCAGACACGCUUGACCAGUCAAAAGCCGAGGCUGCUCUUAACGCGCUCAACUUCCUGAAGGUUUUGUCAAAGAAGGGGUUGCCAAACUCCAAUCAGUGAGAAGGGUAUCGUGAGAUAUAAGAAUACGCUGUCCUCCCAUUCUGAUGAGAGGCACAUCCACUAAUGUAAUUAGCUCAAAACAUCAGUAGCUUUGCCCACCGAAUAGUGGACGAACUUGUGGUCGCCUCUGUAACGUAGAAAAACCACAGCUGAUGACCCGGUCUUGAGGGCAGGUAAAGUGAAGGGCAGGAUAAACCAACCUAUGUUCUUGAAAAUUUCAUAUUUGGUACAUUGCACACACAUAUAUUUUUUAAUUUAAAAAAAACAAUUUUUAACAAGGUCUAAAUGCGAGUAAUAAUCGAAUCCAGUCACAAAGCAAAACCAAAAAAUAUGUUUUUUUUAAUAUUCAAAAUAAUUAAUUAGAUAUUUUAUAGAUUCAGAUGCAAUAGCUAAAAUUAUAUUUUAAAAAAGUGUUUUAUCGUGUAAAAAUUAUAAGAAAGUAAAAUAUUUGUGUACCAAUUCUGGCAAACACGUUUUUCUUUGCACCCAGAAGUGAAAUGUAAUAAGAUAAGAUAUUGUUCAAAUAAACCUCAUUGAUUAUGAUAGUGCAUAAAAUCACAUAGUAACAGUGGCUGCUCCGUUGGAGUUCUCUCUGGUACACUGCUCUGUGAUAUAUAUUUUUUAGAGUGAAAUCUUAUCCAUGAAGGAUAUACUGUACGACCCUUUUUUUUCGCGGUCCUAUAUUUUCGCGAUUUUACAAUUUGAAAUAUUUUCUGUCCUUUUAUUUUCGCGAUUAUACAAUUUCCAGUAGUUUUUAACAUGGUGCAGAAACCUAACAUUAUGUUCUUUUAGCCUAUAUUAUAGCUGGAGCUCCCGAUUUUGGUGGGGGUUUCAGAGCUACCUUAGGUAGGCCUAGGCCUACUUCAGCGACUCCAGCCUGCCAGCUAGCUUGACCAAUGUUUUUCAAAUCAAUAGUUCACAUUUGUGGCGAUAGGCCUAACAUUCGUACCAAAGAAGAAGCAACAACAUUGAUAUGUUUUAUAAAAAGAUGUAAUAGUUAAUUGCCAAUUAAUGAAAAUUCCGAAAGGUCCACUGAUUAAUCUUAGAUAAGAUAGUAUAAUACAACAUAUCGAAUUGCACGCCAUCGUGUCGGGAUUCAAUAUUUCAACAUUAAUUAUGUCAUCAUCGGGAAUGGAAUGGAAAUUCCGUAUUGUAGAAGAAAUACAAUGCUGUGAUGUUUAUUCCAUUUAAGGUAGGCAUAUGCUUAGCUAGGAAAAUAGACCACCACUUGUACUUUGUCCUGUCUGGCUGUGUGAAGUGUGAUGCAAGCAUGAUGUACUGGCCUAGCCAAGAUAGCUUAACAUUUUCAGAAUAAGAAUAUGACGUAUCUUUUAUAUAGUACUGCAUUUAACUUUUAAAAUGUGAUUGAAUGGAUGAAAAAUAAUACUGAAGAAGCAAGACCGUUUCCAUGAAAUCUUUAUUGAAGGAAUAUCAGUUCAAUACUAGCAAGGCCUAUCUAUAGCCUUGUUUUGAAGACGAAAAUCAUCAUUCAGAAUUUCGCACGCCCUAAACUUUCACAAUCGUUGUUUUAUCGUGAAAAUUAAGGGGAGUGCAAAAAAAAAGGGUCGUACAGUAAUAAUUUGAUGACGUACAGUUCCAAUUUUAAUUGUCGUUCAUCAGCGAAGUUGAUAAAAACUAGUGGCAUGUAAAAAAAAAAUAUUUGGCUUUUAUACCAAAUGAAAGUUUACCUAAUAUGGUUACUGUUAAUGUAUAUUCAUUCACCCAUCUCUUUUGUGUGUGCAAAUGGCUGACUUUAUCUUGCCCUUCACGUUACAGUCACAAAAAGCUGUGGUUCUAAUCAUAGGUAUCAUUUGGACAGCUACAUAAUACACAAUAUUCAUUUUAAAUUGUUUUUCCAUAAUUUUGUUACAUUGAAAAGAAAAUUCUCACAAAAAUAAAAAUGAUUUUGUGUGCUAUCUAGCUCUUUUAAUGGUGAAUAGGGAUUAUUGUAUUGUAUUAAACAGAUUUCAUUGUUUAUUGGAAAAAUAAGAACAUAAAAAAAGGUGUGUAGCAGGGGUCAAAGUUCAUUGAAUAAUCUACAGCAUUUUUAAAUAAUAUUAUUUCUUUAUUUCUUUAUUUAUAUUAUGUUAUUCCAUGCAUUAGAAUAAAUAAAUACCAAUUAUUUUUUGGAAACAAAACAAAUUGUACAAUGCUUUAGAAAUAGAUAAUGAAUUUUGGUCCAUGGUACUAAACAGUAGUGGUGGUUAACCUUUCCAAAAAGAAAACAAUGAUAAUAUUUUGCGAGUGAGCUAAGGAAAAUGAGGAAGUGUGAAUAUAAAAGCAGGAAACUUCCGAAGAAAGAUAGGCUUUCAUAUAUACAGUAUGUAUGAAUUGCCAUUAAGAAAAAGUUUGUAUUGUCUUUUAAAAUAACCUAGGACUAUAUGAAUGCUAAAUUAUAACAUUUGUGCAUGGAACUGGAAAGGAAAGAAAAAUUUAAAGACAUAAAAAAGGACAAAAAAAAAUGUGUUAAGAAGUACUUCAACCAGUUUGUGUUGUUAAUACUCAGUAUAUUUUAUCUAAAUGAAUACUAUCCAAGCAGUUAGUUUAGGAUAAUUUUCAAUUUUCAUUGUUUCCUUUGCUUUCUAUAUAGUAUUAUGGCUAAAAAAACCUGUACCUAACAAUUCUAAGCAGAUGAAAACAUUCUGAAUAAUAAUAUGAAAUACAAAACUGUUUAAUUCCAAAGGAUUGUUUUUGCUUAAAAAAUAAUUAGAACAUUUAAGUAUUGGAUUUAAGUCAUGAGUGAUAAUUUUAGUUAUGUUAAAAAUUAUACUUUGAUCUUCAUAAUUUUAAUUAUAUAAUGCUUUAUAAAGCAUUUGUUUUAAAAGAAAAUGUUGUGUUAAUACUUUACAUUAGUGAUUGGAUGAGAUUUAUAGUCUGUAUAAGGGCUCUAUAUUAGCUAGUAAUCAUGUUUUAAAAAUUGUAGAAAAUAGUGCAUUAAUGCACUUAUAGAAAUAUAGAAUGUAGUGUUUUAGUGGUUUAUUAUACAUAUAUACCUACAGUACCUGCUAUAACAGUAAAAUAAUUAUUUGUUUUUUAACUUUAGAUUUGUUCUGUAAAGUCAACGGUUGUCGGCAAGCGUGAUUCUCUAGAGAAUGCAAGGUCAUGACACACAUGCAUUUUUCUACCGACAAUCAGUAGGUGUCUCAUCAACCCUAGCGCUGACAGGGAGCAGAGUUCAUACAACACAGCAAGUGCCAGCUGAAGGGUUACCUGGUGCUCUGUAUGUGAUUGUACCCUGGAUUUAACCUUCUGAAAAUUGUCUUUAACUGUUAGUAGUACAGUCUUGCUUUGUGAAUUAUCCAAUUCUGGUGUCAACGAUAAAUUAAUGAAUGUCGAACGUCUUAUUGUGUCUCCUUUUAUUGUUUUGUAAACUAUGGUCAUACACCCUUAGUGUUGGAUUAAAAAAUGAGCAACGAA